UUUCCCAGAGCCCGGAUUAGUGAAGCAGUUGAGUGCUGCAGCGGCAGUCGUCGCCGCUGCCGCCGCCGCCACCGAAGGAAGCAUCCCAGACACUUCGGCCGGGAAGAUGGAAGAUGGUGCCCCAAAGCAUAUCAUCCAAAUGACAGGAUUUAAGAUGGAAGAAAAAGAAGCACUAGUCAAAUUACUUUUAAAACUAGAUUGCACUUUUAUUAAGAGUGAGAAAUACAAAAAUUGUACACAUCUUAUAGCUGAACGCCUAUGUAAGAGUGAAAAAUUUUUAGCAGCUUGUGCAGCAGGAAAGUGGAUACUAACCAAGGACUAUAUAAUUCAUAGUGCCAAAAGUGGCAGAUGGCUUGAUGAAACAACUUAUGAAUGGGGAUAUAAAAUUGAAAAAGAUUCCCGUUAUUCACCUCAAAUGCAAUCUGCACCUAAAAGGUGGCGUGAAGAACUGAAACGCACUGGUGCUCCAGGAGCCUUCCACAGAUGGAAAGUUGUCCUCCUUGUUAGAACUGAUAAGCGAAGUGAUUCUCUUAUAAGAGUUUUGGAGGCUGGAAAGGCAAAUGUUAUUUUACCAAAAAGUUCACCAAGUGGAAUAACUCAUGUGAUUGCCAGUAAUGCAAGAAUUAAAGCUGAGAAAGAAAAAGAUAACUUUAAGGCUCCAUUUUAUCCAAUUCAGUAUCUAGGGGAUUUUCUUUUAGAGAAAGAAAUUCAGAAUGAUGAAGAUUCCCAAACCAGUUCUCUUUGGACUGAACAUAGCAAUGAAGAAAAAAACAAAGAUUUCAGGAAAGAUGCAGGAUUUCUUGAAAUGAAAGGUGCCUUAAAAGAGACCAUGUAUAGAACCCAGAAAGAAAUGCAAAAUCAUGAUGAAGAUGUUAAUGUUGGUUCUAUUUUGAGUGAACAUCACAAAAAAGAAAAAUUCAGUGGUUCCAGUAAAGAUUUGAAAUUUGUUAAAAUGAGAAAUACCUUUGGAAGUCAUACAUAUGAAAAUCAGAAGGAAAUUAAGAAAAAAGAUGAAGAUGUUCAAAGGAGUUAUACUUUGAGGAGAAAACGCAAGAAAGAAAAAGAAAGCAAUUGCAAGAAAGACGUUGAACAUGAAAAAAUUAAAAGUACCUUAAGAAGGCACAUAUAUAAUAGAGAUCAGAAAGAAAUGAAGAAUUCUAUUUUUGCUGAGUAUGCCAAAGAAUCAAAAGCCAUGGCUAUCAAGACAGAUGUGGAUGUUGUUGAAAUAAAAAAUGCCUUAAGGAAGCACAUAUAUAGAGCUCAGGCUGUCAGAUACAACUGCGUUAGAAUAGAUAAACAACCAGUGAACAAUGUAGAGGUUAAAAAUGCUGAAUUUCCCAGAGGUGUAUUAAAUUUAAUUGAAAGCCUCAUAGAAGGACAGUUUUUUAAAGAAGCAAUUGAGGAACUUUCCACUUUGCAGGCACAUUAUAUCCCUCCUGUAUGCAUUCUUCAUGCCCUUCUAGAGAAUGUUCUACAGGAUAACAUAGAUACAUUUUCUGGUCGAUACUUUCAUAUAUUGUCAGCUCUUCUUCACCUGCAUCCUCCUUGGAAGUCUCCAGCCAUGUCAAGAUAUUAUUUAGAGUUGUUUCAGUGUCCAACUUGUAUGAAAGGAGCAUGGUCUUUAGUAGAAGUCCUUAUCAGAUCUUGCCUUUUCAAUGAAAGCUUUUGUCAUCAAAUUUCAGAAAAUAUUGGCUCCAAGGUGCUCCACCUGACGCUGCUCAAAUUUUUCUUUAAUUUAAUUGAAAGUGAAGUACAAUAUCUGAGUCAAAAGUUGUAUGACUGGUCAGAUUCUCAGAAUCUGAAAAUAACAGGAAAGGCAAUGCUUCUUGAAAUUUUUUGGUCAGGAAGUGAAACCUCUGGGCUUUUGACCAAACCAGUAAAUAUGCUUUUGGAAUGGACUAUAUAUUCUCACAGGGAAAAAUGCAAGUCUAAUGAUGUCUUCAAACAUGAACUAGCUUACUUAUUGACUGGAAUUCUUGGAGCAGCAAUAGAUUAUUGGAUUUUCCUUGGUCUUAAGAGGGGUAGAAAUGUGAUGCAACACAUGUCUGAUGACUUAGGAAGUUAUAUUUCUCUUUCGUGUGAUGACUUUUCUUCACAGGAAUUAGAGAUUUUCAUUUGCUCCUUUUCCUCCUCCUGGCUUCAAAUGUUUGUUGCAGAGGCAGUCUUUAAAAAGUUGUGUCUACAGAGCUCUGGUAGUGUUUCUUCUGAGCCACUCUCUCUUCAGAAAAUGGUAUAUUCCUAUUUACCAGCCUUGGGGAAAACUGGUGUGCUUGGGUCUGGAAAGAUUCAGAUGUCAAAGAAAAUAGGACAGCGGCCUUGUUUUGACUCUCAGAGAGCCUUACUAAUGUUGAAUGGUACUAAACAAAAACAAGUCGAAGGGCUGCCGGAGUUACCAGACCUGAACCUUGCUAAAUGUUCCUCAUCAUUAAAAAAAUUGAAAAAGAAGUCAGAAGGAGAAUUGUCCUGUUCCAAGGAGAAUUGCCCCUCUGUAGUUAAAAAGAUGAAUUUUCACAAGACUAAUCUAAAAGGAGAAACAGCCCUGCAUAGAGCUUGCAUAAAUAACCAAGUGGAGAAAUUGAUUCUUCUUCUCUCUUUGCCAGGAAUAGACAUCAAUGUUAAAGACAAUGCUGGCUGGACGCCUUUGCAUGAAGCCUGUAACUAUGGCAACACAGUGUGUGUCCAGGAAAUUUUGCAACGUUGUCCAGAGGUAGAUCUGCUCACUCAAGUGGACGGGGUGACUCCUUUGCAUGAUGCACUGUCAAACGGACAUGUAGAAAUUGGCAAGCUGCUACUACAGCAUGGGGGCCCAGUGCUUUUACAACAGAGGAAUGCUAAGGGAGAAUUGCCCUUGGACUAUGUGGUUUCACCUCAAAUCAAAGAAGAACUGUUUGCUAUUACAAAAGUAGAAGAUACAGUGGAGAACUUUCAUGCACAAGCAGAGAAACAUUUUCAUUACCAGCAACUUGAAUUUGGCUCAUUUUUACUUAGUAGGAUGUUGCUAAAUUUUUGUUCAAUUUUUGAUUUAUCUUCAGAGUUCAUUUUAGCUUCCAAAGGGUUAACUCAUCUAAAUGAACUGCUUAUGGCUUGUAAAAGUCAUAAAGAAACCACCAGUGUUCAUACUGACUGGUUAUUGGAUCUUUAUGCUAGAAAUAUAAAGACAUUGCAGAAACUCCCACAUAUUCUUAAGGAACUGCCUGAGAAUUUAAAAGUGUGUCCUGGAGUACACACUGAGGCCUUGAUGGUAACAUUGGAAAUGAUGUGUCGGUCAGUCACAGAGUUUUCAUGAUAAUGCUAGAAAGGAUGGAUUGAAUUCUAAAUCUGUUCCGUUUGCAUUGGCACUUACUGUGGACUUCAUAGCUUACUGACAGAUAGUAAUUUGAUUUAUUUAUUGACAGACUUUGCAGCCUUGCUAAAUUUUAAAAGCAUUUUUUAAAAAACUUCUGCAAAACUCUAGUAUGGGCUUCUGACUUUUUUCAUGGUGUAGAAUUUGACUCAAAAGUAAAAAUAAUUUUGUUUUAGUGUAUUCUACUUUCAUUAAUCUUUAAUUUUUUUCUUCUGAAAGUGAUAUAUUGUACGUGUAAAAUUAAUUUAAAUAUUUUUUCAAAUCAAAAUGUAAUGUCCUGUAUUCUAGAUGUUCUGGGUCUUAGAAUCAUGCCAAGGAUAUUCAUACAAAUGUGUACCUAUAAACUUGUAGCUCCUGACUCUUAUGGAUGGAUUUUGAGGAAAAAACAAGACUAAACAAAAAACAUGUAGCUCUCUAUUUUUUCUCUCUAGGUUGUUGGACUGAAAUAUGCAUUUUAGCUUUGUGUGUUUCUAAAAUAAACAUUUCUGAAAUUUACAGUAAUAAUUAAUAUUCUUUUGGUUUUUAAAUGCAGCAAAUACGCAGUCUGACAGUUCAAUUCUUUGAUCUGUUUUAUUUUAGCAAUUCAUAUACAAAAUGUAUGUCGCUGCCCUAUGUAACCAAUAUUCUGUACCUGAAAAUAUUCUGCUGCAUAGGUUUAUGAGUUUAAUAUUAAGAUUAUGAGUGGCAUCUAAGUAAUAGAUUUGAGAUUAUUUAAGAUCUUAAUAUAUAAUGUGAAUUGACUGAGUAGUAAUGUUUUAAUUUGCAGUUUUUCCUAAUAGCAGUUUGUAGUAAAACUAAAAGAAAGGGUAUAGAUAAUAACCACUUUUGAAAUUGGAGUUUCUUCACUACUGGGAGUAAGUUACAUUAUGGUACAGGUGGAAAAUAAACACUUCCGUUUAGCUUUUAUGUAACUCAAGUGAUGACUUUAGAGCAGUUAAUCUGCUAAAGCAACACACUUCAGUUUUAUUUUGCGAAUAGAUAUUUUAACAAGAUACAGAUGCUCAGUAUCAUAUUACUGGGUUUGUAAUCUAAAUUGAAAAUUGCUACAUCAGUAUGAAAUAUUUUAAAUAAGUAAUUUUUCAUACAUACUCAAGAAAUACUAGUUUCUAUUUAGCCUUCAAAUUUGGCAUCAUGCAAAUCUCUUUAUUAUUAAUCUGCCAAAGUAUCAGAGAAAAAAUUAUAUAGUGAAGACUAAGAAAAGUUUAAAUACUUAUAGAGAGUAAAGUGCUUCUCCAGAUGAUGAAUAAGAAUGUUUUUUAUUCCAAGGAGUUCCUCUUUAUAAUGGUGUCUGGGAUAGUGUUUGCUUGGUAAACUAAUAUAAACUUAUAAACAUAGGCUUUGACAUCAUACACAUUUUCAAAUCCUUGUCUAGUUCCUUAAUAACUAAAUUGCAAGGCAAAUUCUUUUCUGAGCUUGGCUUUCCUACAUGUCAAAUAGAAAUCACACCAGGUAGCUUUGUCAUGAUAGAAUUGUUAGCCUAUCACAUCAUAUGACACUUAAUAAAUAUCGUUUCUUUUCUAGUUCUUACCUCCUCUUUUGAUUAUAAUGAGUCAUUUAGACAAAAGACAAGAUAGUAAUUGUUUAAGUUGGUAGUAAUUCUAAGGUAAUUAAGUAAUCAACAUCAUGAGUUAGGGUUUUAUACUGUUAAGACAAAGUGGUUUUCCAAAUUAGAUGUUCAUAAGAUAUAUUUGUUUAGCUGCAAUUAGCAUUAAUAUUUCAUAAUUGACUGUUCUGUCUGCCAACUUCUACAAGCAGUGAUGACAUGAAGUGUGAAACAGAUGUCAUUGAGGUCUCUGCCUGUAGGAAGUUUUACACUUCUUUGAAAGUCCAACACGGCAAACACAGGUUCCUGUGUUCUGUGCCCUGGCUAACAUAAUACCAGUAUAUGAGUUUGAAUUUAAAUUUUCAAUAAAAGUCUUCAUUUCCAAAAUUACUUUUUAUACUUUAUUUUAGAAAACAUAAUAAUAAUUGCCUUGAAUAAUUGCCCAAAUCUAUCUUGGAGGUAUAGGAAGAAGAAAUUCUCAGUAAGUAUAAUUCAUAGUCUUAGUCGUAGAUUUUGAAUUGCAGACUUUUCAAAGUUGCGUAUGAAGACAAGGUUGAGAAAUGCUAUUCUUCAUUGUAUUUUGCCAGAUGUGAUAUCAUAGUUCUAUGGAAUCAUAUUUUUAAAAAUUUCUAUAAGAGACCUUAUUAUAGUGUAAAUAAAAUUGGAGAGGAGAUUUCUGAGCAGUUAAGAUUCAGCUUUUCCCCAUGCAGUGUUUACUGGCAGUUUCUUAAAUUUCUUUGAAGUUAAGAGUUUUGUAGGUUGUUAAUUUUUAAUUUCACUUUGCAGAUUAAAAUCGUCCAAGUAUAUACAUAUUCUGUCAUUUUACUCAUUCCAAGAUGACCAGAAAAACAUUUAUCCUCAUAAAAGUCAAAUGUGAAAUUAAUUCUUUUGAAUUCAGCAUUUCUUGAACACCUACUCUGAACCAGGUGGUGUGUUUGACAAGGGCUAACUACCAAAAAAGAGGAAAGGCCCACAGUCUAGGAAGUAUUUAUGGGACCUGAAGAAUUACUUGUUCUCUGGUGAGACUUUUCAGAUUCGACACAAAAGCAGGGAGAAACUGGUAAGAUUAAGUGAUAGCUACAUUUAUUCAAAGAUUGUACCUUAAAUGGCUUUGAAAGGAUACUACUGUAUUAGGAAUUUUUUCUUCUAUCAUCAAUCUGAAAAAAUAUCCAUUUUAUAACUUAUUUGCAACAUUAAUACAGAUACAAACAACCCUCUGUCGAGAGAAUUCUGAGAGUAUCUUACCACAGCUCUCCAGAGCAUACUGUUUUGCACCUCUUCUGUGAAGGCCAGCAGAAUAGCUUCUUGUAAGGUACUCUUUUAAGUAGUACAACUCAGAACAAUCUUUUUACAAUUGUUCUGUAUUAAUAUCCUGGAUACCUACAUGGUAACUAUAGUACCACCUGAUAGUAUCCAUCUGUUUUUUGGGGGGAGAUUUCUUACCUACGGGUCAGGGCUAUUGUCACAGUCAUGGGAGGGAAAUCAAGUAAAUAUGCAUUAAAUGUACUGUGUAUCAAGUACGUAGCAUCACAGUGUGCAAGAUUGGAUGGUGAAUACUUGGCACCCCAACCCGUAAGUCAGAGUAUUUUGUUCUUGCUUAAAUUACCAAGUGCUGUAUGUUUUGAUUUUUAAAAAAUGUUUUUCUCUUCUGAAAAUGAAUGUUUUUAAAAGUGAUGUCAAGCAAUUUCACACAAAUAAUGAACAUCACAAUAAUCUGUUUAAGAACUCCUUUGUCAGAUACGUACAGUGUUUUCUGGAUGGCUUCUCGUGUGCUUCAAAGACCCUCUUACUCUUUGCUAUGUUCUCUGUUAAUGGAAACUGAAGUUUGUAAGAGUUUUAGGCCAAACGUAAGAGGUAGGUAUACCAUUGUGUUUUUUUGCUCAGAAAUUGUUAGCUACUUCCUCUGUUGUAAAACAAAGAUGACAAAAUUACAUACUCCGCCUUGUAUAAUAGCAAAUAGACACUUCUAUCUUUGUAAAGUUUUUCUAAGAACUUAUUAGUUCUUGACACCGAUAAAUUGUUUUCCAUGGUUGCAGUGUUACAAGGUACACAGAGAUUUUGACUUCUCAUAAUUACUACUCUAGAAAAGAAUGUUUUGUGGGGCAUAUUGUUAUAAGGUUUCAGUUCUCUGAUAGCUUUAUUAAAAAGGAUUCUUUGAGCUUGGGACAAAUAUUGUCAUUUGCUUCCCCUCCUCCCUCUGCUGUGGUCCAGCUGUCUCUGUAACAAUGCUCGACUAUUCUCAGGUGUCUCCAAUAAUGCAAAAGACGGGUAUGAGUAGUGAGGGCCAGGUAUGCUUUUUCUGUGAAUUUAGCAUUUCCUCCAAACCUGUCAGCAUUUGAACUCUGGCAAAAUAAAAUCCCUCAAAUGGACUCAAGCCAUUUUGAGCUUGUCUUUGACUAGAAAGUGAAACUGAACCUAUAUUAUCAUCUUUCUUCACUAGUGGGAGCAAUAGUUCCACUCAGCCAGGCCUCAGGAUCUCCUUAAAUGUAUCCCUCCAGAGAAAAUAAGGUAGUUUUCAGGUUCACUCAUUGGCUCAGGUUGGCCACUCCUUUUUUCUUUGGAAGGAAUAUUGAAGAAUCUGUAGUAGGGGAUAAUUGCACUGCAAUUGUAAUUUUGCUACAUACUGAAAAAACUUAGGCACGGCUACUUACCUAAACCAUUUCCACUUUCCUUGAAAGAAAUCUUUCUACCUAAUAUAAUAACACUUAAUUGACUAAAGCAGAACAGCAGUGUAUUUUACUUUUUUAAAAAUGGAGUAAUAAUUUUUCAGUGACAUUUGGAGGUACGGAUAAUCAUAUAAAUUUAAAAACCUGUCUUUACAAAAUUACUGCUUGUGCAUGUAAUAGAACACUUUUGUUUGGUUUUUUUGUUUUUUGUUUUUUUUGUGUUUUUAAAGCUUAGAAUGUCAGGGAAGAGCCCAAUAAAUUGAAACUCAUUCGAGAUCAUUUACAAUAUUUGAUUGUUUUUAUUUUUUGUUUCUUAACCCAGAUCCCUCCUUUGAAAAGCACAGAAUCAAGUUCCAGCAAACCUUUCAUGGUGCUCUUAGUUCUACAUUAUGUGAUUGCUUUGGACAUUUGAUAGUUUUUAUUUGCAUGCUAUUCUUUUUUAAUGAGAUUUUUCAAUAGUAUUUCUCAAACUUUAGCCAUUCAGCUGAAAUAAAUCUGAUGUGACUGCCUCUAUACAAAUUGCCACUAUAUAAAAGAAACUGAGGUACCACAGGGUAACAUUUUCACCAAAAAAAAAGAAAAAAAUAAUGUUUUGUUUUCUUUCAGUUACACCUAUCAUCCCAGGAAAAAGAAUUAUAAUUGAAAGGAAUGACACUAUUUUAAGAAAGAAUUUACUACAUUAUUUUCUAUCUGGUUUAAAUUCAUACUUGACUGAGCAAUUGGAAAAGGCCGAUCCUAGAUACCCUAAUCAAACCAAUGAAUAGACAUCUGUACACACACUCACACUAGUGUGUGAAAUCACGCUAUUCAUUUAAAGCCCCAGGAUUUAAGCAAGUAUUAAUUUAAUAAUACCUGAGAUGUUUUUCAAGAAGUAUAAUGGUAGCUGUCUUGUAUUUCUGGAGCAAAAAGGUAUAACUGCCUUAUAGCUUUUUGUUCUUAAUGCUAAGCCAACAUUAUAAAACACUUAGGCCCAUUUAACAAGUUUAUUCGCUGAAAUUACUGCCUUUGAAUAACAUUAAUACAAAUGUUGACUACUUUCAGCAUAGGAGACCUUAUAUAUGAGAUGAAAGUGGAAAAAAAUCUCCUGUGGUCCCUAGAUAAGAAUUCACUUCCGAGUUUUUCUUCACUUGUAAAUACAGAAUAAAAAUUUUAUAAAAGAUAAUUUUUAGAAAUGUAUCAAUUAAAUUUGGCUCUCACUGUACUUCAACUCCAGAUUUGAUUUUAAUAUACAAUCAUUGCUUUGACCAUUGCCUAUAACAGGGUCAUACAGUUGGUAUUCAAUAUAUCACAGAGUCCUUUAAAGAAUCUCCCAACUCAGAUUAUCCUAGUGCAUAUAGCAUGUUAAAAAAUUGGAAUUCCUACAGAACCUAUAUCAAUCAGUUUGAGUCUGGAACAGUACUAGAAUGAAUGAGAAGUACUAUUACAUUAUUUUUGAUAAGUGGGGAAAAAAUUAAAAAGCACAAAUAUGCAUUUAUGAAUUGUCACCACUAAUGGCAGUAAUAGUUUAGAAUAUGAAUAAUGACUCAGUGAAUUUACUAAAAGAUACUAAAGGAAUAUAAUAGUUCACAACAUCUACAAUGUUAGCAGUUCAAGUAGAUGUUAGAGUGACAUUCAGUCUUGUCAGAUAACUUGAAAUAUCUACAUCACAAAUCUCUCAAAAUGGAGGCAAGUCAGGCAGCUCUCAAGACAGAAUUGUACCUUAUGUGAGAAGGGGAAAGAAAUAGUUAAGAUUUUAACUAUACAUAUUCUGUUUUCAGCCUGUGAAUGUCGUAGUUUCUAAAAGCAAUGAAGAUUUCCCUGAAUAUCACUUUUGUGCCUCAAGCUAGUUCUUAUUCCUCUAAUUUCAUUGGAUGCUCACCCCUCCAGAGGUAUUUUUAUAUAAGAAUCAGAUAAGAGUCAGAGUUUCAGGAAAAAGCCUUGUUUGUUUAAACCAAAUCUGUAUUUCUCCAAGUGAAAUAUAAUUUUUAAGAAUAUGCACACAAUCCCUCAUCAGUCUCUGAACCACCGGAAAAAAAAGAGAGUGCUGAUUAUACAUGGGAAAGAUUAUCGUCUGUUGUAUUUAAUGCAGUGAAUGUGUAGUCAACAUUACCAUUGAACUAAACAUCUGAAAUUUGAUACAGUGAAACAAACAAAUUAGUCAUCUGUUAAUGGUCACUAUCCACUAGAUACAUCUGAGGUUGUAGAAUAUCAGGCUUAUAGACAUUUGAGUACACAUUGUCAGCACAGAACAUAAAAGUCUCACAUAAGGUAUAAUUGAACAGUUAUCUCAUCAAUAAACUUUGUGUAGUAACACCAUGUUCAUGGAACAUUAUGUUUUUAGCAACAAACAGUGAUGGUAUGCGGGCUGAAGCAUGUCAUUUUAAACAUGAUACAUUAAAUAAAGCAUGUUGAGGUCAAAGCCUUUCUGUAGAAAGGGAAUUUAAUUGACAUUCAAGCAUAGUAUAUAAACAGAUCAAAAUAGUUCUAUUAUAAGAAAUAGUAUUUAACAACUUAUCUCUAAAAUAAAAAUACUUUAAAAAUCAGCUUCAAUGAGAUUACACUUAUUGUUAAAGAAUCUUCCUUUAGAGUGAAAUAUACAUUCUUUUAGCUUUUCUAUAAUUUUUCCAGUAUAACCCUCACUUUUACCCCAUCCAAGUUUAUUAUUAAUAAAGUAGUGCAAAGCAUUGUCUGCUGCAAUUUCAACUGAGUGUAAUCCCCUACCAAGUCAGGGAAGUAAUACAUUCUCAACCAACCAAGUUAUUUUUUUCCCACAGUUAUGCUCCCUUAGUAUACCAGGGAGUGAGAUACAAAAACUACUUUAAGAGUCUUGGGAAUGCAAUUUUUAAGUAUAGAUUCUAUGAUAAUAGUGAAACAUUGAUAAAGGCAGCCACCACCCCCAAGCAGUUUAUUUUACAAAACAGGUUUUCAUGCAUAAUCAAGAAUGAUUUUUUUAAUAAAUGAAUGUAGUGAAGCAUUGGCAUAUCACUUAGCACACUGAAUUCUCUACAUUAAAAUUCACACUAAUAACAAAAUCAUAGUAUGAAUUAAAGCAUUUCAGUAAUCUAAUGAGAAAGCAGAGUUUUUUUUUUUUUUUCCUGUGAGAACACGAGUAUUAAAAUAUUUUUAGAUGCACAGAUACAAUCUGACACCAAAAGCGAUAUGGAUGUAGUUUGCUAGUAUUUUUGAUAACUGUACUUACUGGGUUGCUAAUUUGCUAACAUGUAUAAAUUAAAGUAGUGGUAGGUAUAAAAAUUCAGAUAGGCAAUCGUUUAUAAACUGGCAGUAUUUAUGUUGUGUAGUCCUGUAGAGAUUUUAAGGUUUUAGAUGGAAUGAUUGAAAUUCUAUAAAGAAAACUUUCUAACCUUCUGAGUAUUGAUUUUCUUGAGGGAGUGAAUAUACCUUCACUUAUUAGCUUAAAAUCAGCCUAGUCAUACCUAAGUAAUUUGCACAGGAGUGAAUGUCGGGAUCUAAAGCCAGAAUAUAUGUUAAAUUGAAAUGCAUCCAUUCCAUUAUUUAGGCUUUGGUAUGUCCCUCCCUUUUGAAAUGUAUAAAACAUAGAAAACUGUAAUGGAUUACUUUUCAGAUAAAAAAGUCACAUUAAAAAAAAAACUUUAAAAUCAAAUUGACAUUUAAAAUUGAUGUAGAUUUAAUCAGAGCACAGGUGAGUAAUCCACUUGUAAUUAGAUAAGGAUAUAUCUUCCAAUGUUAUCAUUCUUAUAUUUGUUCUUUCAGUGUGUUAUAUUAUUUUCCACAGCUAACAAGGCUUUCACACAGCAGUAGCAAAACCUUUAUCAAGUUGAGUCUGUACAAUAGAAGUAUAUUUUCAAAGACAUAUGCCUUUGUACACUAUUUACAAAUUCUCUCGAUCAUGAUAAAAAGGCAAAAUAAAUAAAAAUCUGAAAGAAAGGAAAUGCUGCUCAGGCUGAGGGCUUUUUCUUUUAUCUUCCCAAACAGAUGCUGGUCUCCUCAGUGCUGGAAGCUGGCUAGCCAAGAUUGUUUUUCUUUCUUUUAUAUGGGCUAUGAGAAGGAUCUGGUUUCAGUUCUUGGUAUUGCACCUGUUUAAACAGAGUUCAGAGGAAGACUGGUCAGGUGGCCACUUUCUGGCAAAGAAAGGAAAAGCAAAGGAAUGAGAGACUGUGCUGGGGGGAAGAAAGUGCUCAUUCUAGAAGCUGUAUGGGAUCUGCAGCUGAGAUGCAGAAAGCAGUAGAAUGACAGAGCAAGAAUCAGGGAAAUCCUGUUGGAAACUACAUGGAGCCCUGAUGUGAACUUUAGUAAUGGUCGUCACUGUCUGUAACACAUUACAUUAAAAGCAAAACCAUCUACAUCGAUUUUAAAGGGCUCGAUAAUGGUUUUUUACAAUUUAUCAUGUAUUUACAAUUUAUCAUGUGUUUAAUACAGUCUUAAUCUCCAUCCAGGCCACUGUCAUGUCAUAGCAAAUGAAAAAGGUGUCACUGUAACCCAGCUUCAGGAUUUUAAUUUAAAAACAAACAAACCAACCUUCUUUUAUUUUGAAAACAGCUGAUGGUUAAUGGGCAUUAACCUCAAAGGAUUCCAAAGGAUUUUUGAGAUAAGCAGUCAGCUCUCUUCUCCUCACUGAUCUCCAAAAUAUACUUCUUUAAAACUUACUUGUAAUUCUUGCAAAUUCUGGAAAGAUUUUUUUUCUUAAAUGUCCACUGGCAUAUUUUGCUUUCAUCAUCUAAUAUUCCUGUUUCCUCCCCUCAGGUCAUACACCCCGUCACAAACUCCAGCUGAACUAACUUGGACAGGAGGAUCUUCCCUAACAGCUCUGGAAGGAAAUUGACAGAACUUUCAUAAAGCCAAAGACUGGCAGAAAUAAAGUAAAUAAUGAUGAAACUGAGCAAUAGAGCACCCAGAAGGAGUGUCCCCUGCCAAAAAGAAUGUGGCAUUUCACCCUUCGAGAAACAAAUGGACACCCUGUCCCACAGAAGACCGGGGCUCACAUGUCACCGUCACUCACUUCUUUAUCCUUUCGCCAAAGGAAGCCACUUCAUCUAGGAUGUUCUGGACACUGACACAAACCUCCUGGAUGGCAUAGAUUUUAUUUAUAAAUCCCUUUUUUUCACUGUCCUAAAAUGCAAUAAAAAAGAAAUUCUGUAUGAGUAAAGGUAUUCUUCAUUGCUUGAAUUAUUUCUGUUGUCCCUCUCUUGCAUUUUUAAACUUAACUUCAUUUUUGUGUGUAUAUAAAUGGAUAAUUGGAACCCAUGAAAAUAUCAGGAUUUUAAGGAACAUGAGGAGAAAGGGGACCCAGCGUCAUGGAUUUGUACUUAUAAAGACAGCUGCAAAGCAAGAGCCUCGGGUUCCUUUGCUCUUGCUCUGGAUGAGCAGAACAUACAUUUGGGGGAGGAAGGUAUAAGAGAGAGGGGAGGUCCCAGAAUUACCAAACCCGGAUUCUACAGUGCUUCUGGAUUCACCGAGACAUACUUAGCGGACCCAGCUUCUUGACCCCACCACCCAUAAACCUAACUUUUGUUGUGGCUCUAGAUUUUUUCAGCAGCAGAGAAUGCUGGAUGCACUUGAGAUUUGUGAGCAAUGAAAACUGCAAAAAAAAAAAAA